GGAUUAUUUUGAGGAAUUCUAAAAAUUUUGAUCUUUGUGCCAAUCAUCGUCAAAUAGAGAGAUUUCUGUUUUGUUUCAGGACAAUAAGUUUCUUCACAUGUACCACCUUCAGAACCGAUCACAUUUCAACAUAACCGGCCAACUAGACAUUAUAACCACGGACGUAGGUGAAAAAUACAUAUUGACAGCAGUUCACUCUAACAGAACAGUGAAAGUUCAAACUGGUUACUCCGUCAUUAAUCAUAGUGAUGGAAAUAAGGAGUAUCAACAACAGUCUAGGUUGGAUCUCAGCCCCAAACAUUGGAUCGAGUAUGACGUCAGCCUCAUCAACAAAACGCGGGACGAGAUAUUUGAUGCUCAGCAAAUUGUGAUUAGUGUCAUCUAUCCGAAGCGUAUUUUCACGGGACAAGGUUUCUACAAUAUCAGCGAUUCCAUCAUAUCUACGGACAUGUCAUUAGUGUGGGACAAGGAUAACAAAUCUGUUCAGGCUGGACUAGAUUGGAGACGCAAACCAUAUCGGAGGGAGCAAUUGUUGUUCCAGAUCAAGCAUCCAUCCUUCGAAAGGGAUGUCUCGUUCUACAGCGAGUAUGGUUACAACAAAUCUGUAAUCGAUGGACAGCUGGUGGUAGACUACUCAUUAAACCCAGAUCAAAGGCUAACGCUAGGUGGAAAAAUCGGCGAUAAUUCAAACCGCCUGACAUUCAACUACACAUACAAUCUCUGGGCACAGCACAAUGCUACAAAUUUGAAUUUGAACUCGGAUGGGUCGUUCUACUGGAGCCCUAGCGAUUUUGGAACUAGUCAUUUCACGAGCUAUCAGAGGUCUUAUCUGCCAACAUCUACAGCUGAGCUGCUGGCUAGGGUGGACAUGGAUAAUAACGAAAUCGAACUCAAGAAAGACAACCUUGCCAGUGGACUAUUCUACUUUUGGGGGAGAUAUGCGGGAUGUUAUCCACUUUAUACCGCUAAUAUGACGUCUGUACAUGAGUCAAAUCACAGCAGAGGAGAAUUCUAUGCUAAUUUCAACGAGAAGCUCUUGUACAUGAACGUCAAUAUGACAGAAGAUGGAAGUCAAAGCAUGCACACUUAUGGCAACAUACCGGAUGCAAGAAACGUGCGAUUCAACAUGUGGAGACAUUAUGAUGAUAGAACAGUGUCUGAUGUUUCGUACUAUCUCAGUCUCAAUCACUCGAGACUUGUUACUUCGGCACUCAGAUGGAGACCUCAACUCAUGACUGAUGUACAGUCACUACUAUCGGAAUCGGUGCAUUUGAGUCUGCUCAUGAAACUGUAUCAAAAGCUGUAA